AUGGCCGCGUUUGAGGACAUCUUGAGUGCGGGCAGGUCGAUAAGUCCCUGGCUAUGCGUCGUGUUAGCUCUGGCUUUGACGAUCUUCUGGCACCUCAGCAUCACAAUAUACAACGUCCUCUUACAUCCGCUGAGGAAAUUCCCUGGCCCUCUUUCACAGAGAAUUUCCUGGCUACCGUGGGGGUUCCGACAUGCCCGGGGCGAGCAGGCAUUACACACCCAAACACUGCACGACCGUUACGGAACGGUGGUACGCAUUGGGCCCAACCACCUAUCCUUCACCGAUCCGCAAGCAUGGAAAGAUAUCUACGGCCACCGUAUAGGGGCCAAGGGCGGAGCACAAGAGAUGAGCAAAUGCGCACUCUUUGCCAGACCGGUGCGCGCGCCCCCGACUACCAUCCUUAAUGCCGACCACGACGAGCAUAUCAUGCUUCGGCGCGCCCUCUCGCACGGCUUCUCGGACAGCUCGAUGCGCCAGCAAGAGGUUAUCAUCGUGAAGUACGUCAAGCUGUUGGUAGAGCGGCUGCGCGAGGAAAGCCACGGCGGCCAGCGCGCGCUGAAUCUCGCGACCUGGUUCAAUUGGACGACGUUCGACCUGGUGAGCGACCUCGUCUUCGGCGAGUCGUUCCACUGCCUCGAAACCGUGAACUACCACCCCUGGGUCGAGAACAUCAUGAAGUCGGUCCGUUUCCACGCCCUGAUGCUGGCCCUGAAUUACAGCGGCCUCGGCAUCGUGGUGCAGAUGAUCCACAAGCUGGGCGGCUUCUUGGCCCUGUCCAAAAUCCAAGAGUACACCAACAGCAUGCUGAGGUCCCGUCUGAGCAUGGGAAAGGGCCGCAACGACUUGUUCGAGGGAUUGGCCAGAAAACAAGAAGAAUGGGAGAAACUCGGGAGAAAUGCGACGAUAUUACUCCUGGCGGGGUCUGAAACCACGGCGACGACGCUGUCGGGGGCCGUCUACCUCCUCCUUUCUCAUCCCGAAAUCCUCGCCCGCCUAACCGAGGAAGUUCGUUCUAGCUUCAACAGCCUCGACGAUAUUACCAUUACAUCGGUGAAUAGGUCGUCCUACCUACUAGCCGUUCUCAACGAGACACUCCGGUUCUACCCGCCGCUCUCGUCUGGUAUGGUGCGCGUUGUGCCCCCCGGCGGCGCAGAGAUAGCAGGGCACUUCGUGCCUGGUGGGACCAUGGUCGAAGUCCAGCACUGGUCGGUAAACCACAGCAAGGAGAACUGGGACGAGCCCUGGAGCUUCCGGCCGGAGCGCUUCAUGGUCAGCCCCGAGGAAGCACUGAAGCGAGGGGACAAGCUGGAGGCCGUCCAAGCCUUCAGCUUGGGCCCGCGCAACUGCAUCGGUCGCAAUCUGGCCUUUGUCGAAAUGCGCCUGGUUCUCGCCAGCAUCAUUUACGCAUUCGACCUCAAGCUCGCGGACGACAGCCAGCGAUGGAUCGAGCGGCAGAAGAAUUUCAACGUCUGGGACCGGGUCCCGCUGAACGUGCAUCUGGUUCCCGCCGGACAGGGGAGCAGGUAACUGUAACUCUUGGCUUAGGCCCGGGAAUAGCGAUUGAGCGGUGCUUGGUUGGUGGUAUAAAUAAGUUGUUAGGUACAUAGGGAAAUCCAUAAGCCUAUAUUUACCUACCGGUCGUAGAAUGUAGG